GUAUUUCAGCAUUCUACAUUCGGCUGGGGAGGUGGGAUUAGGUAGAAAACCCACCAAUCCAAAACAAAGAGCUGCGGUGUUUCCCUUUCGCCUCCACGCCCUCCUGGAGAAAAAGUAGCCAAUCCCAAUGGAGUAGGGAAGGGCGAGAGGGUGAAACCGAAUUAGAGGGGCGUGGCCUGGUUUGAGACUUAGUUUUGCUUGCUUACUUGCAAGGUAAGCUGCUGUUGCUACUGCUGUGCAGAGGUUUAGUAGCCCCAACAUCGGGAUCGCCGGUGCCGAAGGUUCAUGGCUAGGAUGUGGGUGCACUUCGUAGUUUUCCUGGUAUUCAGCAGGACAGCUUCUUCUUUGCAAUGCCCUGAUGGGCAGAAAUGUGAAGGAUCUUCAACAUGUUGCAAGCUCCCUGGUGGAGAUAAGUAUACAUGCUGCGAUCAGCCUCAGUUCACAGGAGCAUCCCUCCGCAUGUUGCCCCCAGAGAGCAGGAACGAGGUAUCUGGUGUUGUGUGUCCUGAUGCUAGCACAUGUCCAGUGACAUACUCCUGCCAGCUCAGCCUGAAUUCCACCUUUGCCUGCUGUCCUUGGGAGGAGGCCAUCUCUUGUGCUGAUGGAUACCAUUGCUGCCCCCUUGGCACUCACUGCAGCACUGAUGGAAGAGUCUGCAUAGAAAAUGAAGAUUCAACCUCUGCUGUCAUAGUCAGGGCUGUUCAAUGCCCAGAUAGCGAAUGGGAAUGCCCAGAUGGCUGCACCUGUUGCUUGAUGGCUGAUGAAUCCUGGGGAUGUUGUCCAAUGCCAGAGGCGUCCUGCUGUGCAGACAAGGUUCACUGCUGUCCACAAGGCACAACUUGUGAUCUAGUUGAAGCACGAUGCCUUGAAACUUUUGGGAAACAGCCUCUUUCAAAGAAGUUUCCAGCAAAGAAACGGACCCUGGUGUUAAAUUUGACUCAAAAAAACAUCUGUCCUGGUAAUCACUCUUCUUGUCCAGAUGCGGCCACUUGCUGCCUGCUCCCAACCGGUGAAUAUGGUUGUUGCCCUUUACAAAACGCUGUGUGCUGCAGUGACCACCUUCACUGUUGUCCACAGGGCACCCAGUGUGACCUGAAGCAUUCCAUAUGCACCAUGAUGCCCGAGGGAUCAUGGCCCAUCACCCACCUCACUGCAGGCCUCCAGACAGCUCAUGAUAUACAGUGUGAUGCAAAAUUUACAUGCCCAGAUGGAAAUACUUGCUGCAAGACAACCUCAGGAUCCUGGGGGUGCUGUCCCCUAGAGGAGGCCACAUGCUGCCCAGAUCAUACCCAUUGUUGUCCAAAGGGUUACCAGUGCAACUUGUCAGAAGGCACCUGCCUGAAAGACGGCCAAAGCAUUCCUUUGGUGCCAAAAAUAGACACAAGCUCCACAACAGUUUCAGAAAUAGAUUCAUGCUCUACAGCAUCUUCCAUAGAUCAAAUGAUCCAGUGUGAUCCCUACACAGCUUGCCACGAUGGCCAGACUUGUUGUCGCCUUAUAACAGGUGCUUGGGGAUGCUGCCUGUUGACACAGGCCACUUGCUGCCAGGAUCAGAUUCACUGCUGCCCCAGUGGUUACAUCUAUGAUUCAUCAGGCACUUGCCUAAAAGAUGGAGAUCGUAUGCCUUGGGUGGAGAAGACAACAGCGAUUGUUGGCAACUUCCCUUCAAGCAGGGAUGUGAAGUGUGAUGACCGGUUUAGCUGUGCAGAUGGACAAACAUGCUGCAUGCGUUUAGGAGCCUGGGCAUGCUGCCCCCUCUUUCAGGCAGUUUGUUGCAAAGACCAAGCACACUGUUGUCCUCAUGGUUACACCUGUGAUAUAGAACACAGUUUCUGCAUCAAAAGUGGGGGCCCUUCCCAGGGGAUCUUGGUGACUCCCAUUCUGGCAAGGCAGGAGACAGUGGUGAAAUGUGAUAACUUCAGCAGCUGCAAAGAUAAGGAGACCUGCUGCAAAAUGGCCUCUGGCAACUGGGGUUGUUGUCCUUUUCCAAAAGCCGUUUGCUGUGAGGAUCACCAACAUUGCUGCCCCUCUGGCUAUACCUGCAAUGUGGCAGCCCAGUCUUGUGAGAAACGGCACUGGCCAGGCCUUGUUGACGCUGCAGGGGGCCUGCUGACUUCAUCACAAACUGCUGUCUCCAGUCAGGAUGUCUUGUGUGGUGAACAGCACUACUGCCAUGUGGGCCAGACCUGCUGCAAGGCCAAGAGCGGUGACUGGGCCUGCUGCCCUUAUGAAAAGGGAACCUGCUGUCAUGACCGGCGCCACUGCUGUCCUUCUGGCUUUCGUUGUUCCUGGUUUGGAUUUCAUUGCUACAGAAAGAAGCCUCUCCGUUGGGACACUGGCACCAUCUCCCCACAUUCUAUUGAAGCCCAUGUCCUGCUCUGAAGUGCCUUUUUAGGUGGAUUUGCGUGAGGCCUUGAGUUAGAGUGAGCUGUUUCAGGAAGAGUGGUACAAGGUGAAUGAACUAGGGCCACUUUUGCCAAAUUGCUAUUCAGAUUCUAAAGGAUGCCUUCUAUUCUACACUUGUCAUCACACUAUGGGUCAAAUAGGCCAUCUUCACUUAUAUUAAGUCAACCCCUUUACUUCUACAUUUCUUUUUUUCCCCUUUCCAUCCAUGAUUCACUGCCCUGUCCAAAGUCAUGAGGGCUAUAACCUGGAAUCUGAAAAAGCUGCCAUCCUGAGCUUCUGCUCUGAAGGUUUCAUGGGCGCAAUGACUUUCUUUGCCUCAGUCAUUCCUUAACUUUGAAAGAGAGGGAAGUUUCAAUGCGCUUUCCAAAAAAGAAAAAAAAAUUAAGAUUGGCAGAUGAUUUUGCCACAUUGCCCCUUCCAGCCUUGUCCCACCUCACCCUAUCUUCUUCCCGCUUGGCCUAGUGUAUUGCUCUAGAUGGCAUCACCUGAUUUCUGAUGAGCAAAAGUGUCUUUUUCUGAUAAGUGUUUGCAAAAUACAGAGAUGCUAAUUGUCCAAAUGAACCACUGCAGGUGUCUGAGUCAUUUUUGUUUAAAGAAGGGCUGCCUAACCCACCCUUUCAUGAGGUAUAAUAGCAAUUUCUUCUUAAGAUCUGACUCUUUGUUUAUACAUAGCUGCCCCCCCCCCCCCGUUUUUGUUUUUUUUGAAGAAAGGCUUAGCACUUCUGCAAGGAGAUGCAAGCUUGCUUUUGAGACAAGUAAUUGACAUUUGUUUUGUUUCAGAUGAUACAUGGAUUUUGGCACCAGAGCAGUUGGUAGGGAAGAUGGUUGUCUUUUAUUAUCUCAGUGGUCUUUUAUGAUCUCAGUGCGUUCUGUCCUGUGAUUUUCCCCAUGCAGAAUGAGCACAUUGAUGCUGCUUCCCCCCCCCUUUUUUUUUUAAAUAGGAGAUCUUCAACUUGCAAGUGACAGGUGUUUUCUGUUACCAGACCUUGAUUCUAUGGUUGUAUGGAAAAAUCAAAUAAAAUUUUAUCAAAGUAA